AGGAUGAAUUCACAACACAGAAGGGAACGACAGGCGGCAUAGGACUGAAACUGGAGUGGAGAGGAGGAAACCUGCUGCUGGCCUGGCAGACAGACACACACACACCUCCUUCCUGCUCCUCAGAGUGACACAGGCAAAAAAAAUUGCUCCCUGACAUAAACAGCAAAAACCGGGAGGCUGUCAGGCUGAAACCGUGUCCAAAAGGUUUGCUGAAUUCGUACUGAAGCUCUGACAUCCAGAGAAGGCAAGAAAUGACUGAAGGGGAAAUAACAACAUUCACAGCCCUGACAGAAAAGUUUGAUCUCCCAAUGGGGAAUUACAAGAAGCCCAAACUCCUGUACUGCAGCAAUGGAGGCCACUUCCUGAGGAUCCUUCCGGAUGGAAAAGUAGAUGGCACAAUGGACCGGAAUGAUAGACACAUUCAGUUGCUGCUAACAGCAGAAAAUUUGGGUGAGGUAUAUAUAAAGGGCACCGAGUCUGGACAGUACUUGGCCAUGGAUGCCAAUGGACGUUUAUAUGGCUCACAGUUGCCAACGGAAGAGUGCUUAUUCCUGGAAAGGAUGGAAGAAAACCAUUACAAUACAUAUACCUCAAAGAUGCAUGCUGAUAAGAACUGGUUUGUUGGCUUGAAGAAGAAUGGGAAAAGCAAACUGGGACCACGGACUCAUUAUGGCCAGAAGGCAAUACUUUUCCUUCCCUUGCCAGUGUCUCCUGAUUAGAUAGUUUCCCCAUGGAAUGAAACCUGUUCUUCAGAAUCCAGCAGCCAGUAGCUUCUUCCUCCCGUCUCUCUUGCAAAUGUGAAUGAAAACAUAAAGUGUACAAGAUGAAAAAUACAGAGGAAUUCCAUAAAAUGUGCAUCUAAAACUAACAUAAUACACUGGCAUUCUCUCAUAGUUGUCAUCCCAAAAAAUCAAACCAGUUAUGCAUAGAUAGGCACACGUCUCAGUGUCUGCAGCUUCACCAGCCAUGCACAUAAUAAAGCUUCCCUUGUUUUGAAACACAUAUUUAGACUGUAUGACCCAAGUAACAGUUAAAGCAAUUUCUAAUCAUUCCUGUAUAUCACAUGGAAGCAUAAUCAACAACACUAUCCUAUUGUUUAAAACCAAUUUAUCCCUGUGUUUGUAGAAACAAGAUAAAUUAAUCCUUUCUUCUUUGAGUAAUCUUGCCUGGUUCUUCAUAUCAGAUAUAUGUAAUAUGUAUUUAUUUAUUAAGCAAAUCUAUAUACUUUAUAAACUGUUGCACAAUUUUAACAAUAGACAAUGAAGUUGUAUAAUAUAUAUCACCCACCCCCACCAAUGAAUUGCAUGUAACAUGGAAGGUCUUGAAUAUUUUGUUAAUGAAGAGGAGGAAAACAAUGUACAAAUACAGAAAAAUUGAGACAGUCUGCAUCUGCACUGCAGAAAUAAUACAGUUUGACACCACUUUAACUGCCAUGACUCAAUGCUAUGGAUUU